CUCUGCUACAACACAACACUCCAUCCACGCAGCCAUGACACAUUGGCCUAUUCAGGCAACGCGCCGGUGAGUCUGGGUUAGCAAGCUGACCGCCGGCUUGCUUUUGCAAGGCUACAAGUUUGGUAUCUUAGACACAGCGACGCUUGUCUCACUGAAGAAAACAACGACUAACUUAUUUACUUCAACCUCUUACCGAAGCGCAGUUGUACCGGAAUCUUGACUUCUUCCGUUUUCCUUAGUCUGCUGACCUCGAUAUUCCAGAAUUAUAGACGUCCCGCAGUAAUGGAGGUCGACGCUAUCUCUUUCCCGAAUCGCUUGCUCGGGAUAUUGAUCGCAAUUUCCGAGGCAGACUUCGUUUCAUUCGAUUUGGAGCUCUCCGGCAUACCGUCCAGGAUUCCUGGCAGGCCCCGCGCGCGAGGCAGGCAGUCCCUGGAAGACCGGUACGUCGAGGCCAAAGCUGGCGCUGAGAGACACCAGAUCCUGCAGGUCGGGUUGACUUGUGCAAAGUUCGACUAUAUGACGAACAAAUAUAUUCUGCGUCCAUACAACUUCAACAUCAGCCCCUUGAUCGAUGAACGUCUGGAUAUCGAACGUGAGAUAACAUUUCAAACCGGUGCUAUAGCGUUUCUACUCAAGAAUGACUUCCGCAUGGACUUGCCCUUUACCCAUGGAGUCCAGUAUCUCUCACGAGACGAGGCUUACUUAGCAAAGCAACUAGCCUACGAUCGAAUCGACAAGAAGAAUGUGUUCGAGGAUAUGCAAUUGAAGGAAACCGACGUGGACUCUCUGGAUUUUGUUCAUCGUGUGAGACAGGAAAUCAUACAAUGGACAACCAGCGACAGCGCGUCCUUAUCUGUCACUACGCACACGGGAAUGCCCAAUCCGCCUGCCAUAUCGGUCAUUUCUCGGUUCGAAAAGCGCUUGGUCUACCAACUUCUACGUGCUGAGUUCCCUCACCUGGUAGCCAUAGGACGAAAUGACUGCAUCAAGAUAGUGCACUUUGACGCUCUGAGGGAGGAGGACAAUAAGAAGAGGAUGAAAAGCCGGGUCAAGGAACAGAUCAGCAGACAGACCGGGUUCCGCUGGAUCGUGGAGGCUUUGGCAAGGGGACAUAUCGACAUCGAUCCCAUCUACUUUGCGAAGGACCUGAACGGGGAGUUUGUGGCCGCGGAUCUGGAUAAUAUCAAGCUAAGGUUUGAUCGAGCGAGGAUGCGACUGAGAGAUCAGCAACCGGUGCUCGUUGGUCACAAUAUGUUCACGGACCUCGUUUACUUCUACCGUUCUUUCAUUGGCGAGUUGCCCGACACGCUGAAAGAGUUCUGCGAGGCCAUCCAUGAACUCUUUCCUCGAAUAGUUGACACAAAGUAUCUAGCCACGCAUGAUGGUGGCGAUCUGAACGCUUCCCCUACGCUUCAAGAUAUCGCGGAGAGCCUUGAGACGCAAGAAUUGCCUGACAUCGUUACACACGCGGAUCAUCCCAAGUAUCACGAGUCAGAAGCUUUCCAUGAAGCUGGUUUUGACGCAAUGCUCACCGCUGCAAUUAUGCUACGGUUAUCUACGAAGCUCCAUGCGGGGCAGCAAGCUAGCAAUUCGCAAGACUUAUCGGCCUCCCAUCACAAAACUGCACCGGGAAACGAGAAUGGGUUGAUUGAUGGCAAUGAGCAUGUUCAAGAACCGAUCCCUCUUCCUCCUAUCAUGUUACCCACUGCCAAACCCGCAGACGAUAAGCAUGAUACGGUUGUGGAUUCCGGCAGCUCUAGUAACGGGUCAACGAGGAAUAGUAGUGUGCACACAGUUGAAGGAAUAACUUCGCGAUUUGCAUCGACGAACGUCUUUCAAAGCCUCGAAGCCCACGAUGAGGAGUCUCCAGACGCAACGCCAGAUCAGUCACCGCAGAUGUCCUCCUGGAAGGACCAACCACGCACAAGCGAUGGAGAAAAGGUCUAUUCAAUCGACGUGCUACAACGGCGGCCGAUGGAGAUGCUUCCCGAAUUUGAGUCCAUGUUCUGGCAUAAGUUUGGAAACAAGCUAAGGGUCUUUGGGACAGAGGAAGCCGUCCUGAAGAUAGCUGAGUGGGAGGCUCCGCUCAAGUAUGUCGAAGUGUACGACUCGUAAAUGAGCUGUGAUCACGCAUCAGGGACGCUACUGCACCAUAAACGUAUAAUGGCAUUGAGUAUACCCCACACACGUUAGACUCCCUUCUCCGAUACGUUCUUAUCGUUCGUCCGCUCGCUCUAUGUGUGCUAUCCUCUCUGUUCAACUGUAGAUUUCUAGCGCACUUGGCAUAUAUAAUCUUUGCACAAGAUUCUAUACCUGCCAUUAUUGGAUAAAGGAACGAUCAUUGUCGAUGGCAAGCCGGUUGGGGGAGGGUGCGUAAGUAGCCUUGCACUAAAAUCGUC